CAAAAGUUCGUGCCGGCUCAAGUUGGAUCUGCCCCCGUCUUGAACACUCCACGCCACGUCCCCGGGCGGUCAUUACAAUUGAAUUCGGUCUUUUUCUAAUUUACGGCCCAACACCCACACAGUUGCCCAGAUGAAGAGGCUGCAGCUCCAACGAUGGAGCAGUUCGGUCCUUUCGGCGCAGGCCCGGACUGGUGGCCGCCUGCAGCACCGUCUCUACACUGGCAUCCGGCAUCAAUCGACCGCUUCGCCUGCUGCGCCGGCUGCCAAUGAUCAAUUGCUCGAGGAAGACCCUCUAGCAUCAUCUAUUCGCCCCCCUACCUCCCGACAGUCGAAGUACCAACUCCCGUCUCCCCCGGUCGAGGCCGCACGCGAGUCCGCCAAACUGGCUGCGCUUCACGCACGACUUUACCUUCCUUCACGAUUACCCCUCGAGACCCUUGCUCGCUCUCUCGUGGACGCCUCGGCUGAUCCCAACCCCAAAUUCAACAAUGAGUCCCUGGCCACCCUUGGUCACGAUUUGUUGACACACUACACCUCCGAAUACCUCAUCUGCACGUAUCCCCGACUCCCCUUGACCGUUAUAUUCGCAGCCAUGUAUGCGUAUGUCGGGCCCAAGACAUUGGCCGCAAUGGCGAGAGAAUGGGGUGUGGAGUCCGCUGCUGCUCCUGGUGGAGAGGUUGACCCCGGCUACCUGCAGUUCAACAGAGUCCUCCCGGGAGUUGAUGUGCACUCGAAGCCUGUCACUGGCACAGCGAGACCUCACGAAGAUCAGACACAUUGGCGGAAGUCGAUCACGUCAAGUGUCGUCUACGACAAUGAGUUCGGAGACCCAGUCAAGGGGCCCAAGGAUCCCUCGGAACAGUCUAAGCAGGACGCCCAGAACACCCAGGGCGUCACCGCCGAACAGGCUAACGCAACCUUUGUGCGUGCUGUGAUGGGUGCUAUCUACCUGCACGCAGGCCGCCCUGCUGCCAAGCGCUUCUUUGAGCAGCACUUCCUCUCUCGUCACCUCAACAUCUCCGACCUGUUCAACUUCUCCCAACCCGCUCGUGAUCUUGCUCGCCUGUGUGCUCGGGAGAAUUUCGAGCAGCCCGUUGCCCGGAUCAUCAGUGAAACCGGUCGCAAGAGCCGACACCCCGUGUUCGUCGUUGGCAUCUACUCUGGUCAGGAUAAGUUGGGCGAGGGCGCUGGCGCCAGUCUGCUCGAGGCUCGUUCCAGGGCUGCCGUCGCCGCCCUGAAGGGAUGGUACCUGUACAGUCCGCUGAACGUGCGUGUGCCUAGUUCGAUGGAGGAAGAGGGAGCCGCUCCCUGGAAGCCGGUGCACGUGGACUUGGGCGAGGUGAUUGUGUAGAGAGUGGGCAUGAGAGAGAGAUGUCUAAGAAACGGCGUCACACAUUAUAUCUGUUAUAGAUGUUGUCAAUGCGGGAUUGACAGCGAUGCAACAUUACAUACUGCUACCCCCUCAUCUAUUCACCAUUGCAAGGAUUUGUACAAUAUGGGAAAUCUAUUCUUUUAUUUUUCUUCUGAUGUUAUUUCUAUGUUCAUGUUAUCCGAUUUAAACGCUAUUUUUUUUUUUUUUUUUUUUUUU